AAGGCAACACCGGAUCCCAAACCCACUGAGCAAGGCUAGGGGUCAAAUCCGCAUAGUCAUGGCUACUAGUCGGAUUGGUUUCCGCUGUGCCACAACAGGAACGCUGAGAGAAGUAGUUUUAAUCACAAGAAACCCACAUGUCUGUAGCUCAUUGUUUAUUAGAUUGUUUGCUCCAAUAAGUUCAUGCUGUUAAGUUUUUAGGCAAUUCUAAAAGCAUCUUCUAAGUCUUCAGUGAGACAUCUAAGAUAUGUGUUACUUCCCUCAUAUACCUAAAUAAUUUUCAAUAAAAAUCAGAGCGUGAAUACUUUCUUUUCUCCACUGAUUGGAAGCCAACCAUUUGGAAAAGCACUCAAGACAGAUAAGAUAAAUUUCUGGUUAAAAAUUACUUUUAUAUUUACAAGGAAAAUGAGAAGUUUUGUUCUUCUCUAUGAAUUUUGCUGAAGUUUGAGAGCUUUAUUGAAAAGUAUUGGCAUGCAGAGUCAUUUUCCAUUAAAAGAUGAAAGGGUAUCUGAAAUCUGUAUCUCUACGGUUUAAUCUGCAGUGAAACCAGGGCGAUUCCAAGCAGAAGAUUUUUGCUGGAUUCAAUUUUUGGGUAUGAAACAAACACAGACGCUCCUCCUCCAAGGGGCGGGGGCGGUGCCUCAGUGAUGCACCAAUCACAGCGCGCCCUGCCCUAUAUAAGGCCCUGAAGCCCCGCGGCAUUUUACGCUUCUUGUUGGGUGGUACCACCUACUUUCCUCUGUGACAAUGGCCGAGACAGCUCCUGCUGCUCCAGCCGAUUCGGUUCCUGCUUCCGUGGAGAAACCUCCAGCUAAGAAGCGGGGCAAGAAGCCGGUUGGCUUGACCGGUACAAGUCGGAAGGCUCCUAGCGCUUCAGUGUCCAAGUUGAUAACCGAGGCCCUUUCGGUUUCUCAGGAGAGAGCUGGCAUGUCCCUGGCAGCGUUGAAGAAGGCCCUGGCAGCUGCUGGCUACGAUGUGGAGAAGAACAAUAGCCGUAUAAAGCUGGGUCUCAAGAGUCUGGUGGGCAAGGGGAUCCUGGUGCAGACCAGGGGCACCGGUGCAUCAGGCUCUUUCAAACUCAGCAAGAAAGCCGCUCCUGAGCCCAGAAAGGGCAAGGUCAAAAAGCCAGCUUCUGCGAAGACCAAGAAGCUGGUCUUAUCCAGAGACUCCAAGUCUCCCAAGAGCGCCAAGGCUAAUAAGAGAGCUAAGAAGUCGAGAACAACCGCAGCUCAGAAAGCUGCUAGGAGCGGCCGGAAGACCAAAGAAGCCAAGGUGAAGCAACAACGGAAAAGCCCAGCGAAGGCCAGAGCAGCGAAGCCCAAGGCUGGGAAUCCUAAAUUAACCCAGCAGAAAACUAAUCCUAGGAAAGCAACAAACAGGAAGUAAAAUUUCUGAGAAGACCAGUUUUCGUAGAACCCAAAGGCUCUUUUAAGAGCCACACAAAUGAUCUUAAGAGGGUGUAACACUGGAAGUUUCCGUCAGUCUGCAAGAAAGUCUGGUCAGCCAAGUCACUUGCUAGGCGAAUUCGUUGAUGAGAUAAAUCUCUUGUUAGACACAGUUUCUGAAGAGCUUUAAAUUCUUUACUAUGCAGAUAGCCCAAAUCCAGGAAGGUUGUACAACUUAAAAUAGGGCAGGUUUCUUGUAUGUGAAUUCUUAAAUACUUCGAAAGAAAGUGCUGUACUAGAUUUUAAGUCUAGGAAGACGUGGAGGUCAGCUCUGUGCCUAAGUUUUUUUUUUUUUUUUCUUCAAAUUGUGCUACUCGUGUAUGUACCUGAAUGGGUCAUUCUAGAUAAAAGUAAAAUUUCCGAAUUCCCUGUGCACAGAUUUCACAGGGACAUGGAAAUCGAAGUGUCUGAAUUUGGAUUAAUGGCAAAAAUUUCACUUGCUGGAUCUUAAGAUUUAUGAAUGAUUGUGCAAGUGUUAGAUAUUUUACUGAAAUACCGUUCAUUACUUUGAAAGUAGUUACCAGAUUAUAUACGUGUGUAUAUAUGGUACAUACAUUGUUACCUCAAAAAUCGGGUUGUUUUAAUAAGAUUAGUCUAAUAUUCUAAAUUUAUGAAGACAACUAAUGGAAAAAAUAAAAAUCAUAAUUUAUGAAGACUGAUAAGUUUAAGAUUGUGCUAUACAGGCGGAAAAAUGUUAACCAUAAAUAUGGAGACGUUGGAGGCAAGUGAUGUGAUGGUGUGAGGUGUGAUAUGAUGGUGUGAUCGAAGUGAAACUCACAAAUCCGCUUGUACUAGGGUCCAAGUUAAAGCAUCUUUUCCCACUUUAAACAGUAUUAACUUAUUUUCACUUAGUGAUUUAGCAUUCUUAAAUAUCUUAAAUUUAUAAUCUUAUUUUGGGUCUCGGUAUUUGGGGUGACUUUGAACAAAGCCCAAUACAAAACUAAGUAAUGCAGUCUCAAACAGAAACAUGUUCUAACUGUAGCACUUUCAUUGUCUGAAUUCAUUUGUAUACUUAGGUCUCUAAAGAAAAAUUGCGUUAUACUUGGAAAAUGACUAAAUAAAAUGGCUUUAUGUAGAAUCAGCCACAGCCGUGCUUUGGAUAAGGUGGCCAGUUUUUCCCUUUCAGGAUUGGGUUGGGAUAGUGCAGGAAAACUCUUCAGUUGCCAGGCAAGGCAGUGAGCUCCUUCUCUAUGCACAGCAGUGGAAUGACGCCAGUCAUCACAAAGGGAUGAUGGCUUCACCCCGCCCAGACGACUGACGGUCUCCUCUAACACCCUAACGUGUGUAGAACCGGUUUGUUCACUGUACGCCUUUGCCCCUCGAGCCCUGCAGCGUCUGACAUACAAGGGUUAGAAAGUUAACCAAUCAAGGUUUACCCUUAAGUUCCGGGUAACCACUAUGAAACCUCGUUUUGGCCAAUGGGAAAAUAGCCCUAGAACACCACACUCCACAAUUUAACAGAGGUUUCUUCACCACCCGAAAAUCGUCCAAUGAGAGCUUGUUCCCCGGGAGUCUUCAUUUACAUAGCUGUGUAUUUUGCGGACCAAUAGUGAAUCUUUGUGCCAUGGAUACCUCCAGCCCUUCAAAGGCUGAAGGAGCAUUCUUUGAAUGUUUAAAAAUGCAUUAAAAUACCUUUCUUCGUCUCAUUGCUUUCACAACGAUUUU